AUGUCAUCAAUCAUUACAGUCACCAUCGUCGGCUGCGGCGCAAUCGGCGCAUCAUGGGCCGCCCUCUUCAUCGCCCAAGGCCUCAAAGUAAAAGCCUUUGACAUCAACCCCACCGCAGAGACCUACCUGCGCAACUUCAUCCGCGACGCCCUACCCGUCCUCUCCUCAAUCGGCUUGGUGAAAAACACAAACGCCAAACCAGAAGAUGUCAUCUUCACCACCAGCUUGGCAGAAGCACUCCAGGAUGCCGACUUCGUGCAGGAGAACGGUCCUGAGAGGUUGGAUUUUAAGCAGAAGCUCUUUCAGGAGAUGGGAGAGGCGUUAAAGAAGGAUGCUAUCAUCGCGACUAGUUCGAGUGGUCUUACGUGCUCUUCUAUCCAGGAGGGUAUGAGUGGCAAUGCUAUCCCGCAGCGCUGUGUGGUAGGACAUCCCUUCAACCCACCGCAUCUUAUUCCUCUUGUCGAGGUAGUCGGUGGUUCACAAACAGACCCCAGUGUCAUCCAACGCACAAUGUCUUUCUACGAGGGUAUCGGAAAACAACCCAUCCAUCUCAAGAAGGAAGUGCCCGGCCACGUCGCAAACCGCAUCCAAGCAGCCGUGAUGCGCGAAGUCUUCCACAUCCUCCAACAAGACGUCUGCUCCGUGCAGGCCAUCGACGACGCAGUCUCGUACGGGCCCGGUCUAAGAUGGGGCGUCAUGGGUCCGAACAUGCUCUUCCAUCUUGGUGGUGGAGAGGGUGGUAUUGAGCAUUUUGCAGACCAUCUCCUGGGUCCUCUGCAAACGUGGUAUGCACCUGAGAACCCUGUGGUGGAUGAAGAGUUGAAGCAGAAGUGGAUUGGCGGGACGAGGGGAGCGGUUGGGGAGAUGAAGUAUGGAAAUUUGGUGAAGCAGAGGGAUGAAGAGCUUGUGAGGUUACUAAAUGUUAGGAAAGAGUGGGAUAGUUUUGCACAAGGAGAAGGAAAGCAGUAA